AGCCAUUGACCUUUGCUGAUUGUGUUGGGGAUGAACUUCCUUUAGGAUGGGAAACUGUGUAUGAUAAACAAAUCGGAAUUUAUUAUAUGGACCACAUAAAUAAGCUGACCCAGAUUGAGGAUCCAAGAGAGCAGUGGAGACGAGAACAGGAACGGAUGCUGAAGGAGUAUUUAAUUGUAGCCCAGGAGGCCCUCAAUGCCAAGAAAGAAAUCUACCAGAUCAAGCAGCAGCGGUUCGAGCUGGCACAGGAGGAGUAUCAGCAGCUGCACAAACUCUGCGAGGAUGACGGCCGCUCAUAUGCUAGCUCUUUUUCUGGAUAUUCAACAAAUACGAAGUAUGACCCACACCAAAUUAAAGCAGAAAUAGCAAGUCGCCGGGAUAGGCUUUCCAGAUUAAAGCGAGAGCUGACGCAGAUGAAACAGGAACUGCAGUACAAAGAGAAAGGCGUGGAGACACUACAAGAGAUUGAUCGGAAGAUGUCAAGUGCUCACACUAACUACAAACUGGAUGAGGCUCAGGCUAUAAUGAGUGAGCUUCACACCAUCAAAAAAGCUAUUUAUACUGGCGAGAAGGAGCGGCGGGACCUCAUGCAGAGCCUGGCCAAGCUUACUGACAGCUUCAAGAAUAGCUGCUCCAUCACUGAUUCUCUGCAGGAUUUCCCUCACAGUGCAGGCACGCAUGGCAACUCCAGCACUGCUCAGCAGUUCUGUGAUACCGGCUCUCAGACAGAUGCCAUGGGGGAGUUUGUCUUUGAUGAUAAAACAAGACUGGUAGACCGAGUCAGACUUAACUGGCAAUAUGAGGAAGCCCGAAAGAGAGUGUCCAGUAUUCAGCAGCAGCUGGCUCAGCUUGCUAAUGAGUCAUGGCCAGGCAUGGCAGAGGCUGACAGGGACCGGCUGCAGCUCAUCAAAGAGAAGGAGGCUCUGCUUCAAGAGCUGCAGCUUAUCAUUCAGCAGCGAAGGUCGACAGAAGACAUGGCCCGAUUGGAGGAGGAGAGGAGGCGCCUGGAGGAGGAGAUUCAGCGCGCACGAGCCACAUCUGCACAGGGUGCCACGGAAAGGAUUCUCCUUCAGGAAAAAAGAAAUUGUCUGCUUAUGCAGCUGGAGGAAGCUACCCGCUUAACAUCCUAUCUCCAGUCUCAGUUAAAAAGCCUGUCUGCCAGCACCCUGACGGUAUCCUCUGGGAGUAGCCGUGGCUCGCUGGCCUCCAGCCGGGGUUCUCUGGCUUCCAGCCGUGGUUCUCUGAGCUCAGUCAGCUUCACAGACAUCUACGGCCUUCCACAGUACGAGAAGGCCGACGCCGAAUGUGGCCAGCUUCUGCGCUUUGAUCUCAUUCCCUUUGAUUCUCUGGGACGAGAUGUCCCCUUCUCAGACCCACCGGGCCACUCAGGCUUCCACAAACAGAGGCGAUCUCUAGACACUCCCCAGUCCCUGGCGUCACUGUCCUCCCGCUCCUCCCUGUCUUCCCUGUCACCCCCCAGCUCUCCCUUGGACACACCCUUCCUCCCAGCUUCACGAGACUCUCCUCUGGCACAGUUGGCAGAUGGCUUUGAGGUGCCAGGCCUGGGCUCCCUGGACAGACUGCGCACACAGGCCUCGGCUUUAGGAGAUGAAGACUUGCAGGGUACAGUGUCGCUUCAGCCACAUGGAUUCUCUGCGGACGGGGAAGGACCUCGUGAACGGGGACCCCAAAUGUCCAGUGCCCCCACCAGUGCAACAGUGACUCUCCGGGAAGACAGUGCAAAGAGGUUGGAGAGGAGAGCGCGCCGGGUCUCUGCUUGCCUAUCUGAUUACUCGCUAGCCAGUGAUAGCGGAGUCUUUGAACCUCUAAGCAAAAGGAAUGAAGACACUGAAGAGUCUGCUUUUGGAGACAUGUGCAGUAGCAAUGAUCCCCAGAUCCACGUAGGAUUUUUGUAUGACAGUGCCAACGAAUGUCUCCUUGUGCAUGUUCUACAACUGAGAAAUUUUGCUGGACUGCUCAUAAAAGAAGAGUGCAAGAUCCACAUCCGUGUCUACCUGCCCCCGCUCGACUCUGGCACUCCCAACACCUACUGCUCGAAGGCUCUGGAAUUCCAAGCCCCGCUGGUGUUUAAUGAAGUGUUCAGAAUCCCUGUGCAUUGCAGCAUGUUGACGUUGAAGUCACUUCAGUUAUAUGUGUGUUCAGUGAAUCUGCAGCUGCACGAAGAACUGCUGGGCAUUGCUCAGAUAAACUUGGCCGACUGUGACAGUUGCAGUGACAUGCAGCUGCGCUGGUACUCUGUACAGGUCUUUGCCAGCUCGGAGCCCCCAAGGCCGAGGGAACCUGUGCGGGUUGCUGAGAGUGCUACACGGGGCCCCACCCAUGCUGGCCUGGGAAAGACGGACGCAGUGACAGUGCUGCUGGCCCGAACCACAGCUCAGCUGCAAGCAGUGGAGAGGGAGCUGGCUGAGGAGCGGGUGAAGCUGGAGUAUACUGAGGAAGAGAUCCUGGAGAUAGAGCAGAAGGAGGAGCAGGCUGAAGCUGUGUCUGAGAGGAGCUGGCAGGCUGACUCAGUUGACAGUGGCUGUAGCAACUGCACCCAGACCAGCCCCUCGUACCCAGAGCCCUGUUGUGUUGGUGUCGACUCCAUCCACGGACACACAUUUGCUGGCCAGGCCGAUCCUUACAACCCUGUGAAACUUCAGACACCGCCACUAAAGGUUGACAAGGAAACCACCACAGAAGAUCUCUUCCCAGAAGAAGCCAUGAGCAUUAUAAAGGAGCGGCCUAGCCGUCGGGUCCGAGGCUCGCCCUUUGUUCGGAGUAGCACCAUCGUUCGCUCGCAGACUUUCUCUCCUGGAGCACGAAGCCAAUAUGUUUGCAGACUUUAUCGAAGUGACAGUGACAGUUCAACACUGCCCCGGAAAUCCCCUUUUGUCCGAAAUACUUUGGAAAGACGAACACUUCGCUAUAAACAGUCCUGCAGGUCUUCUCUGGCCGAGCUCAUGGCUCGCACCUCCCUAGACCUGGAGCUGGAUCUCCAGGCAUCAAGGACACGGCAGAGACAGCUGAAUGAAGAGAUCUGUGCUCUCCGGGAACUGAGGCAGCGCUUAGAAGAUGCCCAGGUCCGAGGCCAGACGGACCUCCCACACUGGGUGCUCUGGGAUGAGCGAUUCCGCAGCCUGCUGAAGGAAGCGGAGCGGCAGACCAGACAGAGCAAACUUGACUACCAUCAAGAACAAGCAGCUGAGAAGAUGCUGAAGAAGGCCUCCAAAGAGAUCUACCAACUGCGAGGGCAAAACCACAAAGAGCCCAUCCAAGUGCAGACCUUUAGGGAGAAGAUAGCAUUUUUUACAAGACCAAGGAUUAACAUACCUCCUCUCCCAGCUGAUGAUGUUUGAUGUAGAGCGUUAUACACAGGAAGUAUUUAUCUGCCUGAUUUAUUUUCAUGAAUUUCUUAGAUUAGCUAAAUUUGUCUUUAAAAUAUUUGUGCAAAAGCUAUUAAUAUACACAUUUUGUAAAAAA